UUAAUCAUAAAAUUCACAAGAACAAACGUCAUUACAUGCUUGUCGCAAAGACAAGCGUAAUGAUCGUUUAUAUAUUUUGAACAUUUUAUUUUUUCGACUUUUUUAUAUUUAGAAAAUACACAAUGAUUUCAACUCGUGGUAUUUCUAAAAAUAAAAGGAUUUAUUGUCUGGCUAAGUCAGACCGCAUCAAUGCUCUAAGGAAGCAGUAUGACGCAUUUCUGGAAGAGGACAAGAAGCGAAAGGAACGGAAUGAUUUUAUUCUUGGAAAACUUGACAAAAUGCGUUAUACCACUGCUUUGGUGGUGCCACGGCAUAAGCCCAACGUGCUUGAAACUCGUUUAACCAUGAUGGAUCGUAUCGCAUAUCAGCCAGAAUACUCUCCAGUUCGAGACCUCCAACCAUCAUCACUCAAAAAUCCGAGCAAUUUGUUUUCUGAUAUGCCAAUGAAAAGUACCGAAGAUGCUUUAAUACAAGAAAUAAGCAAGAAAUACAUACUUAUUCCAAAACUGAGAACGACAUUCAUUAACAGUCACAAUAAUAUAUGGAAUGAUACGGCUGGUCAAAUCCAUAAUACAGACAAAUUGCCAGAAAGACGUCCCAAGCAGGACACAGUACCUAUAAACGAUUUAAAACUCAAUCCUAGCGAAAAUGCGGACUGGAAGGAUAAAUAUGAAAUUUUAAAUAUACUCAAAAAUGAAGAAAAGGAAAAACAAUCAGAAAAUACUUUCGUUGAUUAUAAAGAGGGCUCGAAACAUUUUGCUCGGGCUGAAAGCUUUUUGGAAAAUAAUCAAAUUCCAAUUAAUUAUGAUAGGGACAGAACUGAAGCAAUGAAAGUUACAGAAAUUCCAGAAAAAGAUAUACCUAAUGAUAAACUGUUUUAUGGCAUAUCUGACACUAGCCAACUAAAGUUAGAUGCGAAUACUACAGAAAAUGAAGAUGUCACAAAACCCGAUCAUACAGUCAUAAUUGGUGGUAAAAUUAAAUCGAUAACAUUGGAUUAUGAACCCGAAGCCAAAGAGAAAAGCGAUGUGUCUGAAGAAACUACAGAGGAUAAUGAACGAACACAGCUGCCUAAUUUAAAUAUGAGCCAAAAAUAUGAACAUCAACAAACAAAUAAUAAUUUGAGCAUGAGCCGAAACUACGAGCCACAGGAUACAACUAAUUUGAGUAUAGGCCAAAACUAUGAAUCACAGAAUGCAACUAAUUUGAGUAUGAGUCAAAAUUACGAGCCGCACGAUGCAACUAAUUUGAGUAUGAGCCAAAACUACGAGCCGCACGAUGCAACUAAUUUGAGUAUGAGUCAAAACUACGAGCCGCACGAUGCAACUAAUUUGAGUAUGAGUCAAAACUACGAGCCGCACGAUGCAACUAAUUUGAGUAUGAGCCAAAACUACGAGCCACACGAUGCAACUAAUUUGAGUAUGAGCCAAAACUAUGCACCACAAGAUGAAACUAAUUUAAAUGUGACCCAAACCUAUGAACAACAUAAUGCAACUAAUUUAAGUAUGAGCCAAUAUGAACCACAACCUGAGUCUGAUGUGAAUAUUAUAGCCCCGGCAACGCUUAAUGAUGAGGGAAAUCAUGUCACUGAGGAAAAUGCUUAUUAUCAAGAAGAGUACGCCGUUGAAGGAGAUUCCAGCAAUGUACAAAACGAUAGUAUAUCUGCCUUACAACAUGAAGAUACCGUUUACACAGACAGCAAUGAAGUCGGUCCGACGACAAUUUUAGAUCAUAAUAUAACAGAGACAUUGAACGUAACAAAUGCUGAAAAUACUGAUGUUAAUUAUAUUGAACCUGCAUAUGAACAACCAGGAACCACCUCGCAACCACUAGAAUCUAUCUACCAAGAAUCAGAACUCGCCAAUGAAGGACUACAACCAGGAAACGAACAACCAAACAAUUUUGCUGACAUGACAGAAUCCAUUCAAGAAUUUGAUUCUGAGCAAGGAGGAAUGUUCGUUACAGAAUCUGUUGAACAAUAUCCUAGUCAACAAGGUGAUGAAACUACUGCUUUAGAAUAUGCUGCAAACGAAUAUGCACAGAACGAAGCAUAUAAUUAUUAUGAAAACGCUCAACCUGAGGCGUAUCCCGUUGAGCUAAAUAAUGAUGAAAUGACGCAACAAUACGAUCCACUGUAUGAGCAACAAUAUGCAGGCGUAGAAGAGCAAGUAGAGGGACAGGAAUAUCAACAAUAUCAAGAGUCUGAGGUUGUUGAACAACCUGAACAAGCAGGAGUGAUGCAAUAUGACCAGCAAUUUAUGAAUCAAGGAAUGAUUGAAAAAGAUUUGGAUGCCGAAGAUGGUUACGCACAACAGCAGAAUGACUUUGUAGUACAACCCGAUGCUGAACUAGUUCAAGAUAAUGAAUUUGUGAACCAAGAACCCAUAAAGUUAUCUGAACCUGUUAGGACAUAAAAUCGAAUAUCAAACUGCUAUUUAUUUUGUU